UUCUCGUCCCCGGCCUCGCCACUUGCACGCGUCUUCCAGGAAGAGGCGCCUGGUUCGGGCGAGAGAAGCUGCGAGGGCUCGAUAAGCUGGCCGCUAUCGGGACGUCGCAGGCAGCAAGAAGAGCGCAAGCAAAAGGAGGAGCUGCGGGGGGGAAACGAGCGAGUCGCGGGCGCAUCUCCAAAACCCAGCCGGGAAGGAGGGACGGAGAACAAGCCAGAGGGCGUGGAGACCCGGGCUCCCCUCCAACCGUGCUGGAAGCCGCUUGUGCGCUCGGUGGCGUCGCUGUCCAGGAGGACGGAAAAGCUGCUCGCCCCCCGGGUGCCGCUUCAAGAGAUGUAGCAAAGAGCCAGCAUCUAUUAACCACGAAUCAUGUCAGUGAAACUAACCUUUGUCUCCCCUGCUGAUGGGGGAAGAAUCACCAGGAGCCGUUCCUUCGCUGGAUUUAGCAGCACACAAAGCCGGAUGUUGGCAAAAUCUCUCGGCAAAGGAUCCACAAGAUCCAAAAUGUCAGUAAAAUCUGCCAAGAUGUAUUCGUCCCUCCAGAAAGGGGCCGUCGUCUGUGAUCCCAAACCGCAACAAGUAAAGAAGAUUUUUGAAGCUUUGAAGAAAGGGCUUAAUGAAUAUCUGGAAAUGCAUCAAACAGAGCUGGAUUAUCUAUCAGAGUGCCACCGAGACAGAAGAAGAAAUUCCAGAUUGGGUUUCUACUAUGAUUUGGACAAGCAAAUCCGCUCUGUUGAAAGAUAUAUUAGGAAACUGGAAUUUCAAAUAAGCAAGGUAGAAGAAUUAUAUGAAGCAUACAGCAUCCAGUGUAGACUGCGAGAUGGUGCUUCAAAUAUGAAACAUGCUUUUUCCUUGUCUCCUUCCACUAAAGCAUCAAGAGAGAGCCUGGUAGAACUCUACAAAAAUCUCCAAGAAUGUACAGAGGAUAUGUGUUUGAUUGAGGGGACCCUUGAAGUACAUUUGGGGGAGUUUCACUUGAAGAUGAAAGGAUUGGUGGGUUAUGCUCGUCUCUGUCCAGGUGACCAAUAUGAGGUGUUUAUACGGCUGGGGCGCCAAAAGUGGAAAAUAAAAGGCAAGAUUCUGACAGAUGACAGUCAAACUUGGGAUGAGGAAGAAAAAGUUUUCAUACCCAGCCUCCAUGAGAAUUUUGAAAUCAAGGUGACAGAACUGCGAGGACUCAGUACGAUCCUGGUUGGCAUUGUAACAUGUGACAGCAUCGACUUCUUUACAACUAGGCCUCAAACCAUCAUUGUGGAUAUAACUGAACUCGGUACCAUCAAGCUACAAUUAGAAGUGCUCUGGAAUCCUUUUGAUUCCGAGAACUUAAUUUUGUCCCCUGGGUCUACCACCAAGUUUUCUGUGGGAAGUAGAAAAAACUCCAUAUACAGCUGGACUCCUCCAAACACCCCCAGCUUCCGAGAAAAAUAUUACCUUUCUGUUUUGCAACAAGGAAAGAAACAUGCAAACAUUAGGGAAGAGACGCAAGAUUCCUGUAUCCUGAGCUACUUGGCUGACUGUGAUUUUAACAUGCGUCUGAGGAGUGUAAGUCACAGCCUUACAGAGACAACUGAAGGAAGUUCAUUUAGUUCUGAAGAUCAGAAAGUGACAGAAAGCAGAAACAUGACUCCGCCAUCAAAUCAAAGGAAGUUGCCAUUGGCUAUUCUGCAGAAUAAUUGUGCAGAAGGAGAGAAACAGGAUAUUUCAAUAUGCCAGCCUCCUGGCCACAGAACUUUAGAUAUCCUACAAGAGACUCCCUAUGCUGAAACCUCUUUAAGUAUUCCAUCAUGUCUGCUGGAACAAGACAAAGAUGGUGGUAAGUCCAUCACUCAGGACUGGCAUUACCCUUCAGAGCAACAAAGAAAGAUUCUCUCUGUUGAACAAAGAGACUGGAAUGAUGAUGAUGAUGAUGCCAAACCUACUGGAAAGACCAAGUCAAUUCAGAAGAUCCUACAGGAAGUAUUAAAUUUGCUGAAGUCACAGGGUCCAAGUCCUAUUCAACUGGAGGAAUUGGAAUACCAGGUCUUCUGUAUCCAGGACAAAUUAAAGCCCAAAAAGUAUCAUCCAAAACACUCUUCCAUGGAGAGUUUGAUGGUAGAGACUGUGUUGGAAAGCUUUGACUUCCUCAAUGCCGACUGCAGUGCUGAUGAACUCUCAUCCUUUGGAAGUGUAAGGACCUGCAGCACCAGCAUCUACAACGAUGCCACUCUUUCUUCUCUGUGCUGUGAUGCCCACAUGGAAAAGGAGUUAACCACAGGAAGUGAUGACCUGGAUAGACUCCUGGAAAUCCACCUGCAACUCUGCCAGGUCCUUUUGCAGAAACUCGUAAAGCCAAACUUAGCUCCAAUUAUCCGGGAGAACCUUUUGAAAGAAGUGUCACAACAGAAGCAUGUCUUAGAAAUAAUUUCUGCUUUGGCUACUCCUGUGCCACGGAAAAUAACUUCAGUUGAAGAGAUUAUCCAAAAAGCCAAAAAGCAGAAACACUGCUUGAAAAUCUGGAGUGAAUGCACUGAACAGGGAAGCAUAUUAUUCUGUCCAGCGGAAAGAUUUUGGACUCCUUUGAAAUACAUAUUGAUGUUCAAAACAAAAGAGAAAUAUCGACAUCAUCUAGAAAAAGUUUUGCAGGUAUUCCUGGAACAGAUAGUUGGAGGCAUUUUAUUAGGCAACUCAAGAGAUCUUCCAGCUGAAUCUGUGACAUUAUUCCAGUUUUACAGCUACCUGGAGAAACACCAUAUAAACAACUUGGAAAAAUAUUUGAUCCGAUUCGCUAAAGAAGUAAUAUUGACAGAGGACCUGCAACGUCCUGGGAGAAUGAAGAAAAUAAAGAAGCUGAAAGGGAAGCAGCUGAAUCAGCUGGAACCUCUGCCUCAGACCUUACGGCUCCUUGCGGUCCUGCAGCUUGAUGAGAAUCAUCGUAUAGGCAAAGCAGCCACAUUGUGCCUUUCUCGUGCAGCAGCCAACAGGAAUUUCAGGCAAAAAGCUCUUCCUUUUUACACAGAUCUCUUAAGCAACAAUGAUGCCAAACUACAGCAAGCCGCUUGUCUAGCCCUCAAAAACCUCAGAGGCAUUGAAAGUCUAGAGCAAAUUGCCACACUCUGCCAAUCAGAAACGGAGGAAGUAAGGACCACUGCCAGAGAAACAACACUUUCUUUUGGAGAAAAGGGAAGAUUGGCUUUUGAAAAAAUGGACAAAAUAUGCUGUGAACUAAGAGAGGCUAUAUACCAAGAAGCUGAAAUUGAAAUUACAAUAUUUUGAACAAGAUCUUCAAAGGAGGACCCAGGAGUUAGAUGCUACAGUAAAAAGGAGUCUUCCAAGAAAAAUGAAAAGUUGAAUGCCAUUGGAAAAUGUAACAAACCAUAAUUACAAAGAUUUUUUAAGCAUCCACAUUCUAGUUUUAAAUAUAACUAAUAUUACACUUGCACUAUAUUUGGGUGCUGAAGAUGUAUAGUGAAACCCAAAACACCAUUUUUGGAUUCGAGGAAUGAGAUUGGAGAAGCUUCUUUUUGGUUAAGUGUCCCUCUUUGGUUUCCAUUCAAGACAAAUAUUUAUCUUCUCUGACACAAGAGGAGGCAGACUAUUUUAUAUAUAUUUAUUCAUUUAAUUCUUGUAGACCAAGAUUUUCAAAUGUAAAGUUCUAAAAUUAUUAGCUUAUUGCAGCAAAUUAACUUGUGGUUGCCUUCUAGUUGCCUUCUCCCUUCAGAGCAGAUCUCACGGAGACCUUAAGCCCAGAGGUGGGUGUCACAUAAUAUAACAACCAGUUCGCACAGAACCAAAAAUGUGAGUGUGUGCUUCGUUUGCACACGUGCCUUCCACACAUGAGCACAGCAUCCAACACACAGCGAUUAUAUAGGAUGGGAUAGCGCCGAGGCUAUAAUUCGCCCGAACUGCUCCGAACCGGCAGCAGCCCACCUCUGCUUAAGCCUACACCAAAGGGCAAAAGUUGAGUCUGAUCAUUUCAAAUUUUAGUCAUUUUGUUUUUAUAUAAAACAUCCUAGGGAAAACACAUCUCCCCUGCCCUCCCCCCCACAAGGCAACUCAUUCUUUGAUUUGGGGAGAGGGGCAUCUGCAAGGCUUUUAAAAAACAUGGUGGCUACAGCUGGAUUAUUGAAGCUUAUCCUGUUUUUCUUUGUAUCAUAUGCACAAGGCAUGUGAAAAAGCAGACAGGGCUCUGUACAUAGAGUAAAACUCAAAGACAGAAAAUUCUUGGAUUUGUGGACUGAGAUUGGAGCUUUACGAAUAGUUGUUGGUCAUCCCUGCAGCUUCCAUUUAAGAAGAAUAUUACCAUGUUCACAUUUUUGACAGACCUUCUCUCCCUCACUUCUUCCUCUCACCUCCACUGCACCUGUUUCCUAUUUCUACUUAUCCAACUAUUUGAAGAGCUAUGGUGGUAUGGUGGUUAGAAUGCAGCAUUGCAGGCUAACUAUGCCCAACGUCAGGAGUUCGAUCCUGAUGGAAGCUUUCCAUUGUUCCGAGUUCAGUAAAAUGAGUACCCAGGUGGUUGGGGGAAAUAUGCUGACUAUGUAAACUGCUUUGGGAGGGCUGUGAACCACUCUGAAGGGGUAUAUAAAUCUAAGCGCUAUUCUGACGAAGGACAGGCAUCCAGCCAGUAAACACUCAGUUCCAUUCAGUCAUUCCAAUUUUAUCCUCAAUUGAGGAAUUACAGGAUCGGAAAAAGGGGGAGUUACUUAUCCAUCCCUUGAGUGGAUAUUUCCAUUAAUGAAAUUUGAGUACAUUGGAGUAAAAUUAGUAGAAAAAAAUCCAGGCAUUUAAACAUCUGUAGACCUUCAUCUGUCUUCCCCAGAAGGACAUGAUAAUGGUUGACCAUUCCAAAUGUACAAGUAGGUUUUCAUCACUUAAUCAAAAUCCUUUUAUACAGUAUAUUUUGCUCUGUAUUUUUCAGUAUUUAUUGCUAAGACUAGUUUGAAUAUUCAGUUUUUUAAAAAAGAUUUUAUUAAAAUAUCUGAAAAAAUA